UGGAGCAUAACGAAGUGGAAUUUGUAGCGAUUGUUGCUCGAAAACUAUGGCUACGUUGGAAUGUGGUGGUCUUUGAAGGAACUCUCGGCCACCAUUCCCUAUUCACUCCUUGAAGGCUUUUCAGAAUACAAACUUCUGUUUGAAGACGAGAGUAACAAUAGAUCAAACUAUGUAUCUCAAAUGACAAUUUUCAUUCAAUUGAGAUGCAGCUGUGCGAAUAGACAUGCAAAGAGAGAUGGAUAUCAAAAUCAUCAUCCGAAAUUGUAAAGGCGAAGUUUUAGCUCCGUUGAUUGCUCCAAAGGGCCAUAGGUAUUGCAAAAGCCAGCAGCAUAAAUACAAAAUAUAUAAAAAGACGCCAAGGGAGGCUGUUCUUCACACUUUUCACUCCCCAGUAGCCAGUAGCCAGUAGCCAAAACUAACAGAAAUUACACUCUCCGUCUCUCACCCAUUCUCUCUCGCUAUCUCGCUAUCUCACAUCGCGCAGAACGAAACCCUAUUUCGCUGUUCCCAGACUCAGAGACCCCAUUUUUGUUCUGAUUUUCUCUUUGCCUCUUUCUCUGCCGCUUCCUCUUUUAAUUUUCACAGUCCGAAACUCCUUUUUGGUUUGUCUCUGUGAAACGCAUUGUUCUGGUUGGGAAUAGGCUGGGGCGGUUAUUGAAAUGGUUACGUUUUGGGCAUAAUUAUCAAGCCGCAGAGGCUAGGGUUAGUUCUCUCUAUGUUUCGCUCUCUUCGUGAGUGCCUCUCUUUUUCUCUCUGAAAUUCCCUAUAUUUCGCUUGGAUAAUUUUAUGCUAUUCAAACCCUAGGUUUUGGAAGUGAUAGAUACAGUUUCUUGGGUUUUUAAUUUUUACACAUUUGCUUGGCCUUUGCGGGUUCACGGGUUCGGACAAGCACUUGCAAAACCCUGAGCAAGUCUUCACCACGACGAUUAUACCUCUCUUAACCUCUCUUUCAACCUUGCAACAAAAAUCGUAGAAACCUCUCUUAAAAAUCUUGUUUCGUGAUUUUGAAAUUCUCUCUAUUAGUCUCUCUGCUUGGUGCAUUAGUGAAAUUGUUCUGGGCUUCUUUCUUUAGUGGGUUUUUAGUUCGAACUGCUGGGAAAUAUUUUGUGGGUUUUUCUUAUUGAUGGCGUUCAGUGCUUCAAGGAAAUUAUCCAGACAUCUUUGGAACAAAAAAGUAAUAUUGGGUCCUCUUGUAAGUGCCAGACAUUGCUCUUCUUCUGCACAAGCUGCUCCUAAAAUCCCUCACUCUCCCAAGAAGGGAAGGUUAUUGACGGGAGCCACAAUAGGCCUAGUUAUAGCUGGAGGAGCUUAUGUGAGUACUGUGGAUGAAGCAACUUUCUGUGGCUGGCUAUUCUCGGCAACGAAAAUUGUGAAUCCUUUCUUUGCCCUUCUAGAUCCGGAGGUUGCUCACAGACUAGCUGUCUCUGCGGCAGCCCGUGGUUGGGUUCCAAGAGAGAAGAGGCCUGAUCCACCCAAUAUAGGCCUAGAAGUUUGGGGAAGGAACUUCUCCAACCCUAUAGGUCUAGCUGCCGGCUUUGAUAAGAAUGCCGAGGCUAUUGAUGGGUUACUUGGUUUAGGCUUUGGCUUUGUAGAGGUUGGCUCUGUUACCCCUGUUCCACAGGAGGGAAAUCCAAAACCUCGCAUCUUUAGAUUGCCCCAGGAAGGUGCUAUCAUCAACCGGUGCGGUUUCAAUAGUGAAGGAAUUGUUGCUGUUGCAAAGCGGUUGGGUGCCCAGCAUGGUAAGAGGAAGUUGGAUGAAACUUCAAGCAGUUCAUCUUCCUCCAUUGAUGAAGUCAAACAUGGAGGCAAAGCUGGACCUGGCAUUCUUGGGGUCAAUCUUGGAAAGAAUAAGACAAGUGAAGAUGCUGCUGCUGAUUAUGUACAAGGGGUUCAUACAUUGUCCCAGUAUGCUGACUACUUGGUGAUUAAUGUUUCAUCACCCAAUACCCCAGGGUUGCGUAUGCUUCAGGGAAGAAAGCAAUUGAAGGACCUUGUAAAGAAGGUUCAAGCUGCUCGUGAUGAAAUGCAAUGGGGAGAGGAGGGCCCACCCCCUUUGCUUGUGAAAAUCGCUCCAGACCUGUCUAAAGAAGACCUUGAAGAUAUUGCAGCAGUUGCCCUUGCUCUCCGCUUGGAUGGAUUGAUAAUAUCAAAUACAACAGUUUCAAGACCAGAUCCUGUAAGUAAAAACCCAGUGGCCGCAGAAGCUGGUGGCUUAAGUGGGAAGCCUCUUUUUAAUCUCUCUACCAACAUCUUAAAGGACAUGUACAUUCUAACAAGGGGAAAGAUCCCUUUAAUAGGCUGUGGGGGCAUUAGCAGUGGUGAGGAAGCAUAUCAAAAAGUUCGAGCUGGAGCAACUCUUAUUCAGCUUUAUACAGCAUUUGCUUAUGGGGGACCUGCCCUUAUUCCUCAGAUGAAGGCUGAACUGGCCGAGUGCUUAGAAAGGGAUGGUUUUAAGUCCAUCCUUGAAGCAGUUGGUGCAGAUUGCAGAUAACGUCUGUAUAUGUUUCGAGGACCAGAAGUACAAAGAGAUUCCGGAGCUGUAUUUUGUCAUGUCUUGAGUGUUCCAUUCUUACAUCAAAAUUGUUGGUUAUCCACUGUUAUUUCUGCUCUCCUUCGGGUUGUGGGGGUGGAGAGUUUUUGACUUGUAGAAAAUGAAAAGUUUUGAGGUAAUCCAGUUAAUAAUAAAAGUAUAGAUUCCAAGGCUUA